CAAGCAACGAGGCCUCGAGUCAACAACUACAUAUUCACCGACUCCUUCGAGCAAUACGCAAUUAUCCGGAUCCAGACUGCAAUAUGUCGGCCCACCAUCCUUUCAGGUUCCCCAAGCCUGCCUGGUUGAACAGUGCCAACACCAGGACAGCCGGCGUCUAUGCCGCAGGAGCUCUGUUCUCGCUCGGCUUCUACUGCCUCAUCGAUAUCGCUGUCUGGUCCAAAUCCGCCCUUAACCCAUCCGACCCUCCGGUGCACAUUACAUUCGUGGACUGGAUCCCCGGAAUCUGCAGCGCGCUCGGCAUGCUUGUUAUCAACAGCAUCGACAAGUCCCGCCUUUCCGCGGACAGCUUCAGUUACAGCGGCAACGGCGUUGCGUGGAAGGCUAGAUUGGUUCUGUUCUUGGGUUUUGCGCUGUUGGCUGGUGGAUUGGCGGGUAGCGUCACUGUGCUUGUGCUGAAAUACAUCGUGCGAGAGUACAUCUGGCCGACGCUUUGGCUGGGUGUUGGUAACGUCGUUGCUAAUGGUUUGGUUAUGCUCAGCUCUGCUGUGCUCUGGGUUGCUCAGAAUAUGGAAGAUGAAUAUACCUAUAACCUUGCGUUGUAGAUCAUAUAAGUGUAAAUCGGUCAGCGUGUAUGGCCUUGGAAGCAGCGAGGUUGUUGUUGGCACAAUAGGCGGGUUGCGAAUUGGCAAUUACAACAUGGCAGUCGAAAUACCCUUGGAUUGUCAUAUGGAAGUGUGGAAUCAUCGCUUGAAUUUGAAGUGUACGAUCAUAGCAUUAGGCGUUCAGGGCUGUCCGUUGAAAUCGAAGGCGUCAUUACAUCACCAAGCUUCACUCAAGGUACUGUGCAUGCGAAUUAUGUCAUGAAAACCAGAUGCCCAGAAUGCAAUAUAUCCAACAUGAUUGUACAAAA